AGAAUGCUCCGCGCGCGCGUUUGCCGCUGAAUGGGGCGCCUCGGUUGGGGCCGUUGGGAGGAAGAAGAGUCAGAAUUGGUUAAGGCUUCUCAUUAAGCUUUCUUUGUGAUAAUUACAGAAUGCCUCAAGAUUUUACAGACAAUGGGCUGUAUGUACCCUGAUGAGAUUUUGUGCAUGGAGACAUGCUGCUUGCUAUGGCAUCUGAGACUGACAAAGCCAAUGCUCUUCUCCAGUUGUUCAGCACAGCGUCUGUUAUUUCAAGUCUAGGACUGGGGAUUUUCUGCUAUUUAGCAGAUAGACUUCUGCAAUAUUCUUUCAUUCAGCAAACCUACUGGCUGCGGGCAUUGUCCGAUAAUAUGGUACAUGGUAUUAUAGGACUGUGGUCAUGGGCAAUAGUGAUUGGACUCAAGAAAAAAAGUGACUUUACAGAAGUAAUUUUAGCUGGUUUCCUCUCCUCCGUGAUUGAUAUGGAUCACUUUAUUCUAGCUGGCUCCCUUUCACUAAAGGCUGCCCUGACUCUCCCGCAAAGACCGUUCCUUCACUGUUCUACUGUGAUUCCAGUUGUGUGCCUGAUGUUAAAGUUUGUUAUGCAUCUUCUCAAGCUGAAGGAUUCCUGGUGCUUUCUUCCCUGGAUGAUGUUUAUCUCCUGGACUUCGCAUCAUGUUCGAGAUGGAAUACGCCAUGGCCUGUGGAUCUGCCCCUUUGGAAAGACCGCUCCCCUACCUUAUUGGCUUUAUGUGGCCGUCACUGCAACUUUACCUCAUCUUUGUUCUUUUCUUUUGUAUUUGACUGGAACAAGAGAACUGAUGUCAAUAAAACAUGGGAUUCGUAUUGAUGUGUAAAGAUAUUGAAGAUGGUUCUGUUCUUGGAAAUAAUUUUUUUCUUGAUUAUUGAAUUAGGUCAAAGUUGAUGUUACAUAGCCUAAUGAAACAACGUUGAUUUCCUGUGGUCACUGCUGCACAAGGUAUUGUGUGACUGGUAGGGGACAAUUUAUUUAUUGAUAGCUCCUUUUUUAAGAUUUUAUUGUUGUCUGUUUUUGUUAAGUGUGUGUAAAUAGCUGCUGGUCCCAAUCAUUGUUUUUCUUGCCUGAACCUAGUGGCUAAAACCCCUUUUAAUAAAUGGAUUCCAGUUUCAAAAAUAUUUCCUCUGAUUCGGCAUCUGUUUAACAUCGGGACUAAAGGGCUUAAUGUAUAGAAGCUGUUACUGUAGAUCUCUAGGCAGCUGACACCCUCUUCUUCCCUUGAAAGAUAUGGUGGUGGGGAGAAAUGGAUAAAAUGCUAUCUGUCUCAGCAUUACUUAGAUGUUCUCUUGUAUCCUCUGCUUUAAAUAUUUGCCAUAGAUAUUGUCAGCUGUAUCUGCAUCAUUCUGAAUAUAUGAACAACAUCACUGAUAAAAAGUUUAAAAUUCAACACUGUAUGUUAUUUAGGGAAAUAUAACAGUAGUGACACUGCACUUUAUUAAGAGAUGGCAAGAAAUAGGGACCUUUGGAGUUAAUGCUAGUUCCUUAAAAUCUAUAUUUUGGUGGGGUUGUGCAAAGCAUUCAGAAGAAAUUAUUUGUCAACAGGUAGAUAUGCAAAAGAAGGGAUUAAAAAAAAGAAAUCACAUGUUUUGCAACCCUUGCACAUCAAAAGCUAUCUCUGUGCCUGUAUAUGUGAAUGCACAGACAAUACUAACAGUGGAACCACCAGCAAAGGAAAGUGACUGGGCAUACAGAUGCAUGCUGAGACUAACCAGGAACAAGUUUUAAAGUGGCUGCAUCUAUAUUGCAAAAGACGCAGCUGCCUUCGCAGUUUGAAGAGUGGUGCUUCAUGUUGUCAUGAAUGACACAGCAUGGAAACUAAUACUGUCUUUUGAAUAUUUUGUACUGUUCUCCUUUAUGCCUCUAAUUUCUUAAUACAAGUGGAAUGGGGUAGAUGAGUGGAAUAUUAUGUAGUAACAUGCAGAAUAUUCUUUUGCCACUUGCAGAGAGGUUGUUUACCAUUCAGAACACUGAGAGGUGUUCUGAUUUUGAAAUGAACUUAUUUCCAUUUAUAAAGAAUAUAAAAUGACUAAAACAAAGAAUGUAUUGUAUUGCCUGUAACGUUCUGGUAUGAUCAUAAAUGCAUUUGCUUUCAGGACUUUCAGUGAAAUCAUAACAGAAUUAACAUUCCUGGAAGAGUUGGUGCCAAUUAAAAUAUGUUCUGCUUUUAUUGAAUGUUAGUAUUCCUUUUGGUUUUCAAAAGAAAGUUGAAAUGUGCAAUAUUGACAACUAUCAAGAAUUCAUCCUAAUCAAUCCUGAUAAAUAAUUUCUAACAGAAUAACAGUUGGAAGGGGUUUGGAGGUCUUUUAGUCUAACUGCCUGGUCAGCAGGAGACUUUCAGACAAAUGGCUGUCCAGUCUCUUCUUAAAAAUCUCCAGUAAUGGAGCAUCCACAACUGUUCAUUUUUGUUGUUGUUUUGUUGUUUGUUUCUGCUGUUUGAUUUAUAUACAUGCACACAUCUUUGCUUAUCCUGAGAAAUACUGUUGUCAACAAUACAUAAGAAAGUGGAAUCAGGGAUGGUAAUUCCUGUUAAUGUUUCCAAUAAUACUUCAUUUGCAUUAAAACUGCUUUAAAU